UGACAAAGUGGGAGUGUAAAAAAGCCUGUGCGCCUUCUUUAGUCUCCUUAUUCCUCGCUCGGAAGCGCAAAGCAUGUCCACGCUCGCCCCUCCACGGCUUUUCUGAGGGAAGUGUUGGAGCUUGUUUGCCCAGACAAACGGUUCCCUGAUUCGGAGAUGAAAUGAUGGAUAGCCGGAUCCUCGAGCAUCCACAUGCCCAGUUUGGAGGCUCUCUGGGAGGCAUGGUUGGAAUGGGUUUCCCCUACCACCUCAGUCAUCAUCAUGUUUACGAUCUUUCCGGACAUCAGAUGCAGUCGGCGGCCGCUGUACCGUUUUCUAUAGACGGAUUACUAAACGGAUCAUGCUCGGCGUCUGUUGCAAACUCUAACGCAUUGCUCGGAUCUGGAUGUGGCAUAAACGGGGAUAGUCAGUAUAAACUCAGCGAUUCUGUGAUCCUAGAUUCCGGAGACCCCGACAAGGAAAGCCCUGGUUGUAAACGGAGGCGAACGCGUACAAAUUUUACGGGCUGGCAGCUGGAGGAACUAGAGAAAGCGUUCAACGAAAGCCAUUAUCCGGAUGUGUUCAUGCGCGAGGCGCUCGCGCUACGUCUAGACCUGGUUGAGUCACGUGUUCAGGUGUGGUUCCAAAACAGGCGAGCGAAAUGGCGCAAAAAGGAGAACACGAAGAAAGGGCCCGGUCGACCGGCUCACAACUCUCACCCCACUACCUGCAGCGGCGAGCCAAUGGACCCAGAGGAGAUAGCACGACGGGACUUGGAACGCUUAGAAAAGAAGAGGCGAAAACAGGAACGCAAACUGCUCAAGUCCCAGAACAAGCUUUUAGCGGGUGAGCUCUUCCAUACGCCCGGAUCUGACAGCGACAGCGGAGUUUCGCAGAGCACAGACAGCGAGUCAGCUCAGCCCAACGGGCCUCAUCCUAACCCACACCGACAGCAAGCAGAACAUUUAUGUGAUCAACACCCACGCCACCAAAGAACCGGUAUAGUGAACGAGACAGCUGAGCCCAUAGACCCCACAAGGAGCUCUGCUCUAUGCCCUGCGAGCGGCAUUACACGCGCCUCCACGCUCCAGAAACUCAACCCAUUUAGUAUGGAGAGUUUACUAGCCGACUCAAGUCCCAGGAGAAAAACGAUCCUGGAUUUUUCUCCGCUACCGCCACAGAGACAGCUGGUCGGUAAAGGCCAAUUCCUUCUUUAUCCUAUUACCCAGCCGCUGGGUUUCAUAGUGCCACAGGCAGCGAUGAAACCGAGUCAGGAUUCAGAAAACUCGGGUCACAGUUGUUCCACGACAGACACCUCAACCCCAAACCAGCAUGGGUCUGGAUAUGUUACGAAAAACAAUCACUUGUUCAAGGGUUCCAGCGUCAAUGCAACCACAGAAGAUGAGCUGCAAAGAGAAAAGCAGAACUCUUCCAUCCAAACAUUAAACACAAGCUCAAAAUCUAAUUCACCACAAAACGAGUUUGCAAAAGAGUCCGAGGCCACAAGCUCUACCCAGAAAGAAAGCGCCUCGCCUAACCUGUCUGAAUAUUCGGACACGAAAACGCGCAGUUCUGCAGACGCAAAUACAGAUGGAGAGGACGUUGACAUGGACUGACAUGAUAAAUAGGCCAGAAGCAGAGGAGCCACGUUGACUUGUCACAAUCCCAAAGCUGACUGAUUACGUCACGUUUUUGUAUAAAAGAUUGUUUGAAUUAAUUUUUUUACUCUUUUUUCCAGAAACGGAUAUUCUCUAUUCAAGUGGACUAAGUUAGCAUACGAGCAGGAUACAAGAACAACACAAAUCCUCAAACAUUGUAUGAAUGAUAAAGUAUCGAAGAUAUUUAUAUAUGUAACGUUUUGAUAAGUAAU